AUGGAAGACCGUCCAUAUCCAGGACUUUUGCCUAAGCGACCGAACGUUGUCGAUAGAGGUCUCAAACCCGGACCUCUGACGAUUCCGAAGAACCUGGGAGCAUCAGUGAAAUCGCCAGUCCGGUUGAUAGCAGAGGACGAACGAUCCGAUAUACAAUCGUCCGUGUCGCCAAUGAGUCGAAGAAACCCAGGAUCGCUAGCGAGUGCCGCGCAUUCGCGCAAUGCAAGCGUGAUAUCACCGCUCAGCGUGCAACAGCAGAGUCAACAAUUCCAGCAUCCAUUCGCGACUCAUCUCCAGAACAGACAGAGCACGAGCAGGAAAGAAAAAGGCCACUCGCGGAGUGAGUCGUGGGAAAGCGACCUGCUGGACGCAUAUUCGUCCUCCGACGAUGAUAGCGUCGACCGGGCUUCAUCGUGCUAUUCCCGACGGUCGUCGCUCACGAGUAUGGGAUCUGAAUAUCCGGGGUUCGGAUACAGAUCGGCAGAUGCGUUCUCGAUCGGGUCACCAGUGGCGCUCGGAGUGUUUGACGAUACAGCGUCUGUGCUGGCAGAAUCAGUGAGUUUUAACGAGGACAAGACGAUCGCGGUGGAACAUGAUGAAGAUCAGAAAGCCAAGAAGAUAGCCAAAAAACCGUCGAUGGCGGAGGUGAACAAACCACUGCCCCGGGAACCACCAAUACAAUUGGCCCCGUUGACAGUAGUCAAACCUCCGAAAACCCCCAGAACACCCAAAACACCCAAAACAACCAUGAAUCGUGCAGAAGGCGAAGCGCAGAAACAAUGUGAUGGAAAAUGUGAUGAGCAGCGCUACGCCACUCUGCGCACAGGGAAGUCUUCCCGAGGGCCCACCUUAUCACAGGCGGAGGAAGAGUUGGAAAACGCCUUAUUGCAGUAUUGCACUAAGCCUAGUACUGCCCCGAACAAUGGAGCUAAUGCACCUAAUACUAGUGCGCGUGCUAAGCAGGCGAAAAAAGCCUGUAGCACCAGCAAUCUGACAGCCUCGCGCGGGUCACUCCCUGGUGCGCUGCAGAUAAGUAGAGGCGACAUGCAGAUGAAGCCGACUCGUCCUGCUCCUCGUCCUCCCUCCAACACUCUGCCUCAUACUAUCUUACAACAACUGGAGGAGGAGAAGAAAAAACAGCAAAACUCCAAGAUGCCUUUUCAUCUGGCUGUGCCUGGCUUUGGGCGCAAGUUGCAUCUUCGUUCCUUUAGCAGUUCCAAUAUGCGAUCGGAGAUGGAGUCCGCUGCUCUGCGCGACCGUGGAACUGAGAGCCUCAACAACAACAUCAACCACAACAAGAAAAACGACGACGACAACAACAACAACAACAACAACAACAAAGAACAAAUCCAGUCCGUUCCAGAAUCGCAGAGACCAACCUCGAUCGGCAGUGAAAGAGAGCUGCGACUUCAACUGCCUCGUCUGCAGACAAAGAAGAUGGAGCCGGUCGGACAAUGGGCCGCUGCUGCGACUGCGGCACUAGCAGCAACGAGAACACCACCAACAACGACAGCCACCACUCCCUCGACUCUCUCUGAACGUACACCAGACAGCGAGUCGAGUGUCGUCGGAGGUCCCGUCAAGCCCGUCGACCACGAAUUCACCGAAGAAAAGGUAUUUGUCUCGUCCAGCAAGAUGCGACGCAGCAACACCUAUGUCCUUCCCUACCAACUGGGCAGUCUUCAGGCCCCGGAGAUCAUCUAUGAACUCGACGGUGGUAUGCCUUCGCCCGUCAGAGUCGGCACUACCAACGUUCCGUACCCGUCAUCGCCUCCCUCGAUCACAAUGCCGAGCAUCAUGCCCGACCGGGCCGUUCAAUCGAUCCUCGAACAGGCGUCGUCGCUGGAUGACCUGUUCAGUCUUGCAGUGCUGAACCGUCAGUUCUAUCGCAUUUUCAAACAACACGAGCUCGACAUGAUCAAAGGCGCCGUCUUCAAGAUGUCUGCUCCCGCCUGGGAGCUGCGCGAGAUGAGUCCGCCCUGGGCUAGCGAAUGGCAAGUCUUCUUGGAUCCAGACGCGCAAGUGCCCGACUAUACUCCCUCCCUCUACCUCCAACGAUAUGCGCACGACAUUUUCACCCUCGCUCAGCUCAAAUCCCUCAUCUUGACCCGGUGCAGCAGCUUCCUCCGCCCCGACACGAUCCGCGGCCUGGCUGGUGUCGACUCCGAACGAGCCACAGAGAUUGACGAUGCAUUGUGGCGGAUCUGGACGUUCUGUCGGAUCUUCGGAUGCGGGAAGGGCAGAGAGAAUGAUAUCACGGGACAAAUGGACUGGUUGAAUGGCGGUGUUCAGGCCCGGAAUCAGCACACCUCGAUAACCUUCUCGAUCAGCGAGCCGUUUGGAAUGAAUAAUGUCCUGUUCGAACCGCCCGCGGGUUUCGGUCAAGGCAAUCUUGGUGGUCUAUCGAAGGGUCAGAUGUAUGACAUGACAGAGCUCUUCACCUGCUUGAACGUGUUGCUCCAGCCGAUCCAUGGGAAAUGUGCCGAGGCGCGCAGGGCCGGAGUAUACAACGGCCUAGAUGUCAAGGUCGGUGAUGACAGCAAGGAAGAAAAGUAUCUAGAGGAAUGGACAUGUUACGUCCUCACAUUAGGCCUGUCCGCCGUUUUAAGCCUCGGAUCCGUCUGCCCUAUCAAAAACCCCACCGCAACGUUCGAGAAAGCCAAAUCCAUGGGUCUGACCAAGUGGGAUCUCCUCGACGACGAUGUCACCCGCUCCUCGUUCCUCAAGGAAGCCGUCUCGAAAUCCUACAUGACCUGCGAAGCCGCCGCCGCAGGAUCCUCAUGCUCGUCCGUGCGGUCGUGCGGUGCCAGCGCCACGUCAUCGAGCUCCUCCCUCGUCGACGACAGCAGUUUCCGGUCUCGAACCAACUCGAGUUCCUCCGACCAGUCCGUCCAGGACCACCGUGUGAGACAAGCAGCGUUUGCCGCGGAACUGCGAAACCAGCGCUCCCAGCCUCGCAUCAACGUUACCCGCACCUCGUUCUCAGACGAGCGGCCUAUCUCCAGCUACACUGUCGUGAUGAACGGGCUCGAGCAGCAGUCCCGUCCGCCAGUACCGCCCAUGCCAGACCUAGCUCGCUUCAACCAGCCCGUCUUCUAUAUGCAGUCGUCUACUCGACCCGGCUCAGGCUCGGGACCCGUCCUUGACCCCGUCGACCGCGCGAUUGACAUGAUCGUGCGGGAGCUGGGGUUCAACGAGAAAGAUGCCAAGUGGGCGCUGAAAACCACCGACACGGGCGAGGGAAUUGACACGAACGCGGCUGUCGCGCUGCUCAUGAGGGAGCGUCAGAACCAGGCGAGUCACGGCCAGACUACUCAGCGACUGGGUGGUAAGCGGGGAUUGUUCUCUUCAUCGUUCUCCUCGUCCUCUUCGCGGUCUGGCCAGGGGAGUCUUUUGUCGAGUGUUAUUAGUGAGGAGUCUGGAUCGGGAUGGCGGUGGGCUUGA